AUGAGCGGGCCCAUUGAGCUCAACAGCGGGAGCAACGAGUUGAUCAUGUGGUCAUCAUCAAUAUUGAAAUUUUCGGCAUUCAGAUCGUCAAUUUUUUGUAACGAGGGUUCUCCAACGAAUGUUCCGGCAGACGUUCCGCUGCCUGCGCUGGUAGUUGUGUCGGUGUUGUUUUGCGCUUCGUCGUUGAUCAACGUUUGGAUAGACUUUCUUCUAUUUAUAUUAACAUUUUUCAUGAUAUCUUUGAAUUUGGAGUUCAAGUCUCCGGACCCUUUGAAACGUUGA